AUGCUUUCGACACCUAUCUAUGCCAAUCGAGCAACUCAAGAAACGAUUAUUUAUUCACCGUCACGAGUUUACAUUCUACCUGCACUGACCGAUGGCCGUGGCAAACUAUAUUCGAUUGCCAGACUUAUUGCAACAGGUUACGCUAGUUUCACCGAGAAGGAAAUGCAUUCAUCCAAGUCAAUUGAUGUGAAUACUUAUUUUGAAUCAAGCGCAGUUACUGGUGCUCGUGUUCCAAAAAUAGAUAUUCAAAGAGGUGGUUUUUCGAGUGGUCUCCGUGUCAACGUUGAUUCUUUUGAUAUUUAUGGCGAUGAAGACAUGAAUGAUGAUAGUGACGAGAACUAUGAAGAGGAUAAUGAUAAAAACAACAAGCAUCAUCAUACAUAUGACAAAACACGUCACCGGAAUAUAAGACCACCACACAAGACAAAACCAUCAAACAGAAAGACCACGAGUGUAUCAACAUCAACCAAGAAGACCAUAAGUGGAUCAACAUCAACAAAGAAAUCAGUUCCACAAUACGAUCAUGCUGAUGUUAAUUUUACAUUGAUUAUCGAGUACAUUUUUCCAUAUCCUCAAUCUACAAAACCUGUUAUUGGCGUUAACGGUACAUCUCCUGGUCCAUUGAUUGAUGUGUUCGAAAAUGAUACAGUUAUAAUUCGAGUUAUUAAUCGAUUAGAUGUUCCUUCAGCCAUUCAUUGGCAUGGUGUUCGACAAUUGGGUACACCAGAUAUGGACGGUGCUACUGGACUAAGUCAGUGUGCUAUACCUCCAGGACAUGAAAUGAUUUAUAAGUUUCAAGCAACACCAGCAGGAUCAACAUGGUAUCAUGGACAUCUUCUUGAACAACUCACAGACGGAUUAUUUGGACCAUUAAUUAUUCGUCGUCGCCCGGAAUCAUAUUCAGAUUUGUAUCAAAGUGAACAAGUACUUACGGUCGCAGAUUGGUACAAUAUUCCUGCACACACGGGACUAGUUCCCUGGCAUUAUGAUCGCCUAACAAAUCCUUUUGGUCUUCCUCCUCCACCAGAUGCUAUUGUGGUAAAUGGUAAUUUUACUCAGUCGUUGUUCAUUCCAGUUAAUGGUUCAGAAGUUAUUCGAUUCCGUAUAAUAAGUGCUGCUGCAUUCUCAAUGUUUACAAUAUCAAUCGAUGGCUUACGGUUAUAUAUUAUUGAAGUCGAUACAACAACGACUAUACCUUAUGCAGUCGAUUCAUUUACAAUAAAUGUUGCCCAACGUGUUUCAUUCUAUGUUAAUUUGACCGAGUUAGCUUCAGCUUAUAAUUCAUCCGGUACCCCAUCAAUUUAUAUACGAAUACAAGCUAUUGAAUCGGUCUAUGCCCAAGACGUUCCUAAUUUUAUUCCUCCGUACGAAAAUCAGUCUUAUCCUUAUCCAACUUUCUUCAAUUCAUUGUAUCUUGCCUUUUUAUCACUUGAUUCAACAAAUUCAAAACCAACAUAUGCAGCUAGUUCAGCGACUCCAAUCCUAUCGAAUGUUGUUCCUCCACUGGAUACAAAUAUUCUAGAUGCUCGACCUCUAGUUCGAAAUGGAGACGGAAUUCCAGAUGCAACUCAUUAUUGCUAUAUUGAAGUUACAUUUGGUGCGGCAUCUAAUGGAUUCGGUGCUGCAUUUGUGAAUAACGUCACAUAUACUUCAGAUGCAAAUUAUAUGCAUAUGAGAGAUGAUCCACCAGUGGGAUUCACUUCAGAUUUAUAUGAACCAUUACUCUAUCAAAUGGUCAGAAAGGCUGGUCAAUUAGCAAUUCCAUCACCUCUUCUAGAAGACGGAAACGAUUUGCUAGUCAUCCAAAGUGAUCAAAAUGGCCAUUUCUUAAUCCCUUAUCAAGCUUGUGUUUAUAUUCUUAUAAACAACACAGCUGGUGGUGAACAUCCUUUUCAUUUACAUGGCCAUAAUUUUUGGAUUGUCUCAUCAUCAGACUAUCCCGAAGCUGAGACGCUGUAUGCCGGAGACUAUAUUCAACGUGAUACUGUCAGUGUACCAGCAGGCGGCUGGGCUAAAAUUCUAUUUGUAGCCGAUAAUCCUGGUGCUUGGUUCUUCCAUUGUCACAUCGAAUGGCACAUGGCAGAUGGACUAGCUGUAGCUAUGAUUGUUGCACCUGAACAGCUUUUGACUAAUGGUUAUAAUAUUCCACAAAGUGGACAAAAACAGUGCGAAGCACUACAACGAUUCAAUACGACUUAUGAUCCUGUAUUACCCUCAAAUUAA